UUACCAUGAAAACAAUGCUGCACUUUUUAAACCCCUUCUGACUCUGCGACCUACGAGAGGACAUUCUCAACCUGCAGAGGAUAGUUGAUCAUCUUCACAGAAACGAGGUUAUUCCUGGAUAGAGGAGAGGAACGGAGCGUCACCAACAGGAAAAUGACGUCACUGGAAGAGAACCAGACCUGCAAAGAAGAGAAGGUUGAGAAUGAACUGAGUGUCAGACCGUUGACUCAACCGACCAAAACGGCAAAGAAGCUGCACUGCUGCAACCAUUGUGACAAGAUCUUUGAUUUUCCCUCUGGGUUAAAACAUCACCAGUGGAUCCACACAGGAGAAAAGCCAUUUCCCUGUGACCAGUGUGGGAAGCGUUUUACUUACCCAGGGAAUCUGAAACGUCACCAGCAGGUCCACUCAGGGGAAAAGCCAUUUACCUGUGACCAGUGUGGGAAGCGUUUUACUCGCUCAGGGAAUCUGAAACAUCACCAGCAGGUCCACACAGGGGAAAAGCCAUUUACCUGUGACCAGUGUGGGAUGCGUUUUACUCGCUCAGGGAAUCUGAAACAUCACCAGCAGGUCCACACAGGGGAAAAGCCAUUUACCUGUGACCAGUGUGGGAUGCGUUUUACUUACCCAGGGAAUCUGAAACGUCACCAGCAGGUCCACACAGGGGAAAAGCCAUUUACCUGUGACCAGUGUGGGAAGCGUUUUACUCGCUCAGGGAAUCUGAAACAUCACCAGCAGGUCCACACAGGGGAAAAGCCAUUUCCCUGUGACCAGUGUGGGAAGCGUUUUACUCGCUCAGGGAAUCUGAAACAUCACCAGCAGGUCCACACAGGGGAAAAGCCAUUUCCCUGUGACCAGUGUGAGAUGCGUUUUACUUACCCAGGGAAUCUGAAACGUCACCAGCAGGUCCACACCAGAGAGCAGCAGUAACAUCUGUGACCAGUAUAGAAAGUUUGAGUGUCACCAUCAGCAUAGUAACCUUUGUUUCACCAGGGAUACAAAGUUUCAACGACAUUGUUUCAAUAAUAUAAUUCUGCAUUCAAUUAAA